UGUGGGCUUGUUCUGUUCUUCGACGACGAGAAGAGAGAAAGAAAAAAAAACCCCUUUGAGCAGAAAUACUUACGUCAUUUAUUUAGAAGAUCAUUAAGGAGUGGAUAAGAUGGAGCUGAACAUUAAAGUCCUGAGUGGAGAAACGCGGACCAUCUUUGUGAAUCCAAAUGACACUAUUGGCAAACUCAAGGAACAAAUUGCCCGACUCUUUAAAGCAAGGCCUUCACGGCUGAAGCUUUCCAUCACCAAUGGACAAAUCUUGCAGCUAGACCAUGAUCAGAAGACGGUGAGCGAUUACGGGCUGAGUUCAGGAUGCACUGUGAUGCUCCUGAUCUCCACGACCCCCGUGCCCUUUCAAGUGUUCGUGAAGAACGAGAAGGGACAGACAAAAACAUACGACAUCACUGACGAUGAGACUGUUGAUCAGUUGAUGGCAAAGAUCCGCCAGAAAGAAGGAACACCAGUAGACCAGCAGCGGCUGAUCUACAGUGGCCAACAGCUCGACUCUGGCAAGAAGCUGGAGUAUUACAACAUUGUUUCUGGAAGCACCAUUCACAUGACCCUCCGUCUACGUGGAGGCUGAUGGGACACAAACACCUGAAGAUCAUUUCAGCUUUAAAAUAAAAUCUGUUUAGCACAAUUUAGUGUUGUAUGGGUUACAGAUACAUAAAUAUAAAAAAAAAAGUUCCUUCGUUCUAAUUGCACUCGACUGCAUCUCUUUUUUUGGAUGUGGUGUUCUAGUGUUUUCAAAGUAUUUUUCUCUAAUCCUAUUCCUAAUUUUUUUUUUUAAUAUCUGUAAAAACUUUCCAAUAUUAGCAGGAUUGUAUUAGGUUUGUUUGCAAUAUGCAGUACUCUGAAUUCUAUAUCAAUUUAUAAAAUUGCUGUUUGCACCAACACAUGUCUGUAGUUACUGUCUGCUGUUAACAGAUUACAUGAAAAUGUGAAAAAAAAACCUUCUACUAUUUUUUUAGUUUGUUAAUGACUUGCCUGUAGGGCCUGAAAAGGCCCUAAAGUAAUAAUUAAAAAUUUUAAGUAACUGAUGGUUUAUUUUUGUAAUAAUGCUUAUAAAUGUAUUCAUAUCUGUCUAAAUAAAAUAUUUAUAAAAUGA